AUGUUAAGAUUUAAGAAUACCUAUAAUAUAUUUAAAAAUAUUCAAUCCAAGUCAUAUAAUAAUAAUAAUGGAAGUUUAAAAAUAUCUUUAUUUAGUAAAUCAAUAUUACUAUCUUCAUCAUCAAACUAUAAUAAUAAUAAUAAUAAUAACAAUAGAUAUAUAAAAAGAUGUUAUACGAGUACGAAACAAUUGGAUAGUAAUAAUCUAUUCGAUAGAGGUGGUGGUGGUACUGAUAUUAUUACGAUCGAUGGCUACAGUCAACAAGGAUUCUCUGUGAACUCGGUUUUGAUACCUGGCUCGGUGGUUGCGAUUCCCAAUCUUUGUUUGCUGUGGGAUGUUCACGAGCCCGCAGAGAUCACCGUCGAGAGUAUGGCGGCACUGGCUAUUGUCGAUCCACCCAUCGAGUUUGUCAUUGUCGGAACGGGUGAAGCGCGUGUCCCACUCGAUGCGGAGCUACUCGACCAACUGAAACGACGCUAUCAUAUCAACAUCGAGGUGAUGUCCACCGUCAAUGCACUCGGAACCUACAAUAUCUUGGCAGAGGAAGGUAGACGUGUCGCUGCUUUUCUCAUUUGCAACGAGGCGUGUCGCGAAGCUAAAGAUCCAUAUUAUGUAUCGAAACGUGAUUACAAACCACUUACCAAUGAAAAUACACUUGCCGGUAAACAACAAUCAUCAACAUCAACAACAACAACAUCUUCCAAACAAAAGAAAUACGACUACAGCGAUAAUCAUAGUCAACCAUUCGAACGAGAAUACAGAGCUACCAAGAACAAAGAAGAACCUGUACCACAACAACUUUCAUUCUCUGAUAAACUAUUGAUUUGGAUUGCCGAAAGAUUCAGGAAGAAAUAA